GAAGGUGAUGCAGUGAAGAUUAUCGUAGGUUGCCUUGAUGCAGCGUAGGGAAGAGUGGGAAACUUGCGACACACGGAAAGGCAUAGAUAAUGGUGAAGGAGGCGGAUAACCAUUCGCAUUUGAAUCUUCUAUGCUACGCGCCGACGAUGAUCACCACGCACGGGAUAUGGCAGGGCGACAACCCUUUGGAUUAUUCUCUCCCUCUCUUUAUUCUCCAGUUAACUAUUAUCGUGGUCACCACGCGCAUUCUCGUCUUCAUCUUGAAACCCUUACGUCAACCCCGCGUCAUUUCUGAGAUUCUGGGUGGAAUAAUAUUGGGGCCGUCGUUGCUGGGGAGGAACAAGACGUUUGCGUUCAUGGUGUUUCCCCUGAGAAGUGUGUUGAUUCUUGAAACAAUAGCGAAUUUGGGGCUUCUGUACUUCCUUUUCCUGGUGGGAUUGGAGAUGGAUCUGACGGUGAUUCGCAGGACGGGGAAACAGGCGUUGGCCAUCGCCAUCUCCGGGAUGGUUCUGCCGUUCCUAAUCGGCGUUUCCUUCUCCUUCAGGAUCACCAAGGAGACGCAGGUGAUAAGGCAAGGGACGUUCGUUCUGUUCCUGGGCGUGUCGUUGUGCAUCACGGCGUUUCCCGUCUUGGCGAGGAUCCUUGCGGAGCUGAAGCUCCUGAACACCGAUCUCGGCAAGAUCGCCAUGUCCUCCGCGCUCAUCAACGACGUCUGCGCGUGGGUGCUACUCGCCUUCGCCAUCACCUUGGCCGAGAACGACACCAUACCCUUGGCUACCUUAUGGGUUUUCCUCUCUUGCGCCGCCUUCGUUUGCUUCUGCAUCUUCGUCGUCCGGCCGUUGAUCGAGAUGGUUAUCCAGCAGACCCCCGAAGGGGAAACCGUAAACGAGAUAUACAUCUGCCUUAUACUCUCCGGCGUUACGAUCUCCGGCUUCGUGACCGACGCGAUCGGGACGCAUGCCGUUUUCGGGGCGUUCGUGUUCGGGUUAGUGAUUCCCAACGGGCCGCUCAGCUUAUCGCUUAUAGAGAAAUUGGAGGAUUUCGUGUCGGGGCUGUUGUUGCCGCUGUUCUUCGCCACCAGCGGCCUCAAGACGGAGAUCACCGCCAUAAAAGGUGUCGGGACGUGGUCCAUUUUAGCCGUGGUCAUCAUUCUUUCCUGUGCCGGAAAAGUCGCCGGAACUCUUCUCGUGGCUCUCUACUACAAAAUGCCUUUUAAAGAAGGUCUUACUCUUGGUCUGCUCAUGAAUGCCAAAGGCCUUAUUGAGAUGAUCGUUCUCAACGUUGGUAAAGACCAACAGGUACUAGAUAGUGAGGCAUUUGCGAUAAUGAUAGUGGUGGCUUUGAUAAUGACGGCAAUCAUCAGCCCACUGGUGACAGUAGUGUACAAGCCUGCAAAAAAAUUCAUACCCUACAAAAGAAGAUCAGUCCAAAGAACAAAACCCAACAGCGAAUUCCGAAUCUCGGUGUGCGUUCACACCCCAAGAAAUGUCCCAACCAUCAUUAAUCUCCUCGAAGCUACGAACCCCACCAAGAGAUCCCCAAUCUGUGUCUACGUCUGCCACCUCGUUGAGCUCACCGGCCGCGCCUCCGCCAUGCUCAUCGUCCACAACAACAGAAAUGCCAACCGUCAGCCGCUCAACUGCACACAGGCGCAGUCCGACCACAUCAUCAACGCCUUCGAGAACUUCGAGCAGCACGCCGACGGCGGCGUCUCCGUCCAGCCCCACACCGUCAUGUCCCCCUACUCCACCAUGCACGAAGACAUUUGCAGCUUCGCAGAGGAUAAGCGCGUAGCGAUUGUGAUCAUUCCGUUUCACAAACAACAAACGGUUGACGGUGGGAUGGAGUCCACCAAUCCGGCGUACCGUGCGAUCAACCAGAACGUCCUAGCUAACGCGCCUUGCUCCGUCGGAAUCCUCGUUGACCGAGGUUUAAGCGGCUCCACCCGGCUAGCUGCCAGCGAGGUUUCCCACCACGUGGCCGUUUUAUUCUUCAGCGGACCAGACGACCGGGAGGCGUUAGCGUACGCGUGGAGAAUGAGUGAUCACCCUGGGAUUAGUUUGACGGUUAUGCGGUUUCUUCCCGGAGAUUCCGCCGUAGAGCCGUCGGAGAGCGAUAGCAUGAGGAAUAACAACACUAAAAAAUCCGGAGUUCUAACGGUGGUGACGGACACGGACAAGGACAGGGAGAAGCAGCUGGAUGAGGACUACAUAAACCAGUUCCGAGCAAAAACGGCCGACAACGAGACGGUGGCGUACACGGAGGUGGUUGUUAACAACGGCGAGGAAACGGUGGCGGCAAUAAGGUCAAUAGACAGUAUGCACGACCUUUUCAUAGUGGGUAGAGGUCAGGGCAACAUUUCGCAGUUAACGGCGGGAUUGACGGACUGGAGUGAGUGCCCGGAGCUGGGUGCCAUCGGAGAUUUAUUGGCGUCGACGGACUUCGCCUCCACGGUGUCGGUUCUGGUGGUGCAACAAUACGUCGAAAUUGGGAACGAUGCUGACCCGCUUUCCACGCCGGAUACUCCGACGAACCAAAAUGUGCCGUUCGACGGCGGUAGCUUCGCUAAUAGACGGACUCCGACGGGAAGCGCAUCGCUAGCUUACCACCCGCAGCCCUAA